CUCCAUAUGAGUGGUCGGACAGACAUUUAUUUGUAUAAUUAAUAAUGACUCUACUAACUUUUGUCAAAACGACUCAAGGUUAUUUAUAGAGCUAAAAUGAAUGUUUACUAGUGAAGUUUUUAUUUGUUCUGUGAAGUGUUAUUUAAAGUGAUUGUGCAUUUUAUAGUUAGAUAUUUAUAUUUAAAUACAAAAAUGUAUGGAAAAUGGAUGUGGUUUGUAAUAUUGGAGCUCGCCAUGCUAACUCAUUCCAGCAGGCCUGGUCGGUUCUACCACGACUACCACAGCAGCCCUGAUAAAAACCCCUGGUCUGGGGACUGGCAGCAAGACUGGUUCCAAACAACCCCUAGGCCUACCAGGAGAAAAACUACCAGUACUACAACUGCAAGAAUUGUAACUCAGAGUUUCGAGCGUUUUCUAUCAGCUAUUCUUCGUUCUUCAACUUCUGGUCAGUUCUACCAUGAUUACCACAGCAGCCAUGACAAAAACCCCUGGUCUGGGGGCUGGGGCCAGGGUUGGCAGAACUACUGGCUCCAGACAAGCCCUAAGCCUACCAGGCGGAAGACUACCACCGUUAGACUUGUUACUCAGAGUACUACCACAACACCCCCCCAACCUAUCAUCAGAGAUGUCGAAAUAAGACUUGGAGAAAUGACCACCCAGGCAACUAACUCCCCCACUUCGAGCCCCAGACCCAUAACAUUCAUACAAGAUGAACAGACGCCCGUCAAAGAUUAUAAGCCUCAAAUUAUAUCUGACUCAAAUCGUAACAAUUUCCAAAGUGUAGCUGAGGAUUCUGCAAUAAAACCCGUGCAAACAGGAACAGAUAUUACAAAUAAAGAUGGAAAACCUGUUUUUACUGCAAAUAAUCCUAAUAGUUUUGGAAUAGCAGUAAUUAACGAACAAGACACGAAAAACGACGCCAAACCUCAAGAUAAUAUUGGAACAGAUGAUUUUGCACCUAUAAGUACUAUAGAAUCUGAUAGUAAACCUGUUCAAGCAGAUGGAAGCCAAAAACCAGCUGAUUAUAGUUUCGGACUAGCAGAAGUAAACGAUGGUGUGUCCGAUGAUUAUGAAACAUAUUUGGCGUCUAUAGACGCAGCUGAUGGGACUAGUAAUGAGAAGAAUAACAACCCAUACGUCGAUGAAUCCUCGAGUAUGUGGCACGUGGGAAUUUAUAAACAGAAAGAGGAACCGUCUGAAGACUAUAAUUAUAUAUGCGGAGGAACUUUGAUAAGGGCUGAUAUUGUUAUUUCAGCGGCGCACUGUUUCUUGUCUGCGGGGCAGCCACUACCGACCGCGCUGUUCAGUGUGGCGACGGACAAAACGUAUCCUGCCUAUGAGUACGCGUUAGACCCACUGGCACAGUACGCUAAGAUACAAAACAUAACGAUGACAGGCUUGGUCGAGCCUCACAAGCAUCUGGACCUAGCCAUCGUGUAUCUGAUGAGGCCGUUCAUAUUGGGAAGCCUCAACAGGCCAGUAUGCCUCAGACUCGACAGAAAAUUAGAAGCCCAACAACUUGUAGAAGGAAGUGUAGGGACGAUAGCAAGCUGGUCCGCAGUUGUGAGAGGUAAAUGUAUACUGCGACGGCACCGCUGGUUGCACCUGCCGUUCGUUAGUAAUAACGUGUGUCAGCCGGAGGUGCAUCGCAAAGCUAUAGAGUCACAAGGGUCACAACCCUAUCCACCUGGAAGCGAUAGGUUCUGCGCUGGCACUGUCAACAGCACAAAUGUAUGCGGUACUGACAGCGGUAAUGGUAUAAUUUUUUUCGAAGACUCCAUACCAUACCUCCGCGGAGUGGCCACAAACCUGCCAGUCCCAUUCUCCACUCGCGUCUUUACCAACAUAGUAGACCAUACGGGAGCAUUGAAAGACUUCUGGAAAAACCUUACAUCAGUCUACGAUGUGGAAGAGUGUGAGAAUAUGUACAGAAGGGACCACGACGACCAAAUUGGGGAUGUGGAGCCUGACCCACCCAAGGAAGACAAACAAGUGUACACCGCGCAAGGUAUAGGCUCCAGACCAGUGCUAGAACUGGCAGGCACCAGUGCACCCUCUUUACAAUGGCACGUCGGAGUAUAUAGCAAGCGAUGGGACCCUUACAUGCAGAUAUGCGGCGGGUCACUUGUCACACGAGACUGUGUUAUAUCAGCGGCCCAUUGCUUCUGGGACGACGUGAACGGACAGCAGGGGGCGAGCCAGUUCGCGGUGGCUGGCGGCAAGCUGUUCCGGCCGUGGAACGACACGCAGGACACAUAUGCGCAACACUCGGAUGUAUCGGAGAUAAUCUUGCCAGUGCGCUUCCGCGGCGGUACCACCAGUUUCCAAGACGACAUCGCCAUCCUACGACUCUCAACUCCCUUCACAUACGCUCCUGGCGUGCAGUCGGUGUGUGUCGACUUCAACCGGGAAUUUGAAAUGGAGCAGUUACAACCGGGGAAUAUUGGGACAAUCCUCGGCUGGGGCCUGACGGAGGCGAACGGGACUCCAUCGCAGCGCCUCACGUACCUGGAGCUCCCCUACGUGGCCGUGGACGAAUGCUUCGCGGAGUCCGAGCCCUCCUUCCAAAAGUUCAUCACUAGCGAUAAGAUCUGCGCCGGAGACACUGUUACUGGUAAAGCUCUCUGCCGCGGAGACAGCGGCGGCGGCUUCAUUCUCUACUCCUUAGGCAUCCCCCACCUCCACGGAGUCGCCUCCACCGCCGCUGGCAACGAGAACCUUUGCAACGCCUUCGCUCUCGCUGCCUUCACUAGUCUUUACUCUCACCGCGCGUUCCUGAGGGACAACGUGCCGGGCAUAGAGAAAGAGUGUGUCAAACCAGAGACAACGACGGAGGCACAGAGAGUGAAUAUAGAUAGGGGUGUGACGGGAGAUGUGGGUAGUGUUGAUACAGAUAGGGUGGGUACAGUUGGUACGACGGGCACUCCGCCUGUGUAUACGAAUGUGCCGUAUUUCCCGUAUCCUAAUCAUUUUGUGUGCAAUUGCAAUUGUAAGCCUUAAUUUUAGUAUAAUAAAAUGAUAAGAAAGAC